GGCGCCUGGGCCGGAUGUCCCGAUGAGAGAGCCGGCGCUGGCGGCCAGCGCCAUGGCUUACCACCCGUUUCACGCGCCACGGCCGGCCGACUUCCCCAUGUCCGCCUUCCUGGCGGCGGCGCAGCCCUCCUUCUUCCCGGCGCUCGCCCUGCCGCCCGGCGCGCUGGCCAAGCCGCUGCCCGACCCGGGCUUGGCGGGGGCGGCGGCGGCGGCGGCCGCGGCGGCGGCGGCGGCCGAGGCGGGGCUGCACGUCUCGGCACUCGGCCCGCACCCGCCCGCCGCGCAUCUGCGCUCGCUUAAGAGCCUGGAGCCCGAGGACGAGGUGGAGGACGACCCCAAGGUGACGCUGGAGGCCAAGGAGCUGUGGGACCAGUUCCACAAGCUGGGCACCGAGAUGGUCAUCACCAAGUCCGGGAGGAGGAUGUUUCCUCCCUUCAAGGUUCGAGUCAGCGGCCUGGACAAGAAGGCCAAAUACAUCCUGCUGAUGGACAUUGUGGCGGCAGAUGAUUGCCGGUAUAAAUUCCAUAACUCACGCUGGAUGGUGGCGGGCAAAGCCGACCCCGAGAUGCCCAAACGGAUGUACAUCCACCCGGACAGCCCGGCCACGGGAGAGCAGUGGAUGGCCAAGCCGGUGGCCUUCCACAAGCUGAAGCUGACCAACAAUAUCUCCGACAAGCAUGGCUUCACCAUCCUGAACUCCAUGCACAAGUACCAGCCGCGCUUCCACAUCGUGCGAGCCAACGACAUCCUGAAGCUGCCCUACAGCACCUUCCGCACUUACGUGUUCCCGGAGACCGACUUCAUCGCCGUCACAGCCUACCAGAACGACAAGAUCACGCAGCUUAAGAUCGACAACAACCCGUUUGCCAAGGGCUUCCGGGACACUGGGAAUGGCCGGCGGGAGAAAAGGAAGCAGCUGACGCUGCCUUCGUUGCGCUUGUACGAGGAGCACUGCAAGCCGGACCGCGACGGCGCCGAGUCCGACGCCUCAUCCUGCGACCCUCCCCCCGCGCGGGAACCGCCACCCUCCCCGGGGACAGCGCCUAGUCCCCUGCGCCUGCACCGGACCAGAGCCGAGGAGAAGUCGUGCGCCGCGGACAGCGACCCAGAGCCCGAGAGGCUGAGCGAGGAGCGCGCGGGGCCGGUGCUAGGCCGCAGCCCGGCCCUGGACGGCGGCAGCCCCUCUCGUUUGACCGAACCCGAGCGCGCCCGGGAGCGGCGCAGCCCCGAGAGGGGCAAGGAGCCUGCGGAGAGCGGCGGGGAUGGCCCAUUUGGUCUGCGGAGCCUAGAGAAGGAGCGCACUGAAGCCCGGCGGAAGGACGAGGGGCGCAAGGAGGCGGGCGAGGGCAAGGAGCCCAGCCUGGCGCCGCUGGUGGUGCAAACAGACAGUGCGUCCCCCCUGGGCGCCGGACACCUGCCGGGCUUGGCUUUCUCCGGCCACCUGCAUGGGCAGCAGUUCUUCGGGCCUCUGGGGGCCGGCCAGCCGCUCUUUCUGCAUCCAGGACAGUUCGCCAUGGGUCCCGGAGCCUUCUCCGCCAUGGGCAUGGGUCACCUCCUGGCCUCGGUGGCAGGCGGCGGCGGCAGUGGUGGAGGCGGCGGGCCAGGGACCGCAACCGGGCUGGACGCAGGCGGGCUGGGUCCCGCGGCCAGUGCGGCAAGCACCGCCGGGCCCUUCCCGUUCCACCUCUCUCAGCACAUGCUGGCAUCUCAGGGAAUCCCAAUGCCCACUUUCGGAGGCCUCUUCCCCUACCCCUACACCUACAUGGCAGCUGCUGCAGCAGCGGCCUCCGCUCUGCCAGCCACUAGUGCUGCGGCUGCAGCUGCUGCGGCCGCUGCUGGCUCCCUCUCCCGGAGUCCCUUUCUGGGCAGUGCCCGGCCCCGCCUGCGCUUCAGCCCCUACCAGAUCCCAGUCACCAUCCCGCCUAGCACUAGCCUCCUCACCACUGGGCUGGCGGCCGAGGGCUCCAAGGCUGCAGGCGGCAACAGCCGGGAGCCCAGCCCCCUGCCCGAGCUGGCUCUCCGCAAAGUGGGGGCCCCACCCCGUGGUGCCCUGUCGCCCAGCGGCUCAGCCAAAGAGGCGGCCAGUGAACUGCAGAGCAUCCAGAGACUGGUGAGUGGGCUGGAGAGCCAGCGAGCCCUCUCCCCCGGCAGGGAGUCGCCCAAGUGAGGGGGCUGCCCAGCUGCUCCGCUGCCACGCAGGCCUCCCGGGCUGCCUGCCCCUGCUGCUUGGGACGCAUACAGCACAGAGUGGGUAUUUAUUUAAAUAAAGGAGAGAAAGCGGGCUGCAGCAGCCGGAAUGAAGCCCGGACCAGCCAGCCGGGGCCUGGGACACUUCCCUGGGCCCCACAAGGAAUCCGGCUGCGGGGAACAGAGUCGCUUUGGAGCCACUGGAUUCUGUCCAGGUCUGCUCCAGUGUCAAGGUGUCAUUGGUGGGGGCCUCUCCGGGGUCCUCCAGUGCUGUGGGAGGCCUCGUUCCCCGCCCAGCCAGGGGCUGGCUCUUUGGGAGCCAGAAGGUGCAGGGGUCUGGGGUGGGAGCUUCAAGGGAGCCCCAGAGCCCCAGACUCGGGCCUGGACCGCCGGAGAAUCUGGGGCGAAGGAUGCUGGGGUCAGUGAAGAUUGAAGUCAGUGUAGACCUGAGCUGAGGGACCUAUUCUUUUAGUCCUCCCACCUCUUUCCCCCAGACAGGCGCCCCUCCUACCCCUGGGUCAGCGAAGGGAGUGGCACUUCUGCCUUGAGUCCCCAGGGGAAAAAAAAAAAAA